AUGUCCGGGCUGUCCGGGCCACAUGUCCGGGCCGUCCGGGCUACAUGUCCGGGCGUCCGAGCCACCUGUCCUGGCCGUCCGAGCCAUGACCGGGCCUCGGGGCCGUCAUGUCCGGGCCGUCGGCCACGUGUCCGGGCUGUCCGGGCCAGGGCCACCUGUGCGCGGCCCACGUGUCCGGGCUUCAGGGCCGUCCGUGUCCGGGCUGUGCGGGCCACGUGUCCGCUGUCCGGGCUGUCCGAGCCACCUGUCCGGGACGUGUCCGGGCCCGGCGUCCACCUGUCCGGGCCACACGUCCGGGCCAAGCCACAUGUCGUCCAGGCCUGUGACAUUGCCUUCCUGCCUGCCUCCCUCGGGGGCCUGGGCCUCAUGCAUGCCGAGCGCCUCUCUCCCGCAGCCUACUGGGCAGCAUGGGCGGACGCAUCGCCUAUGCUGCAACAACGGUGCCCAAGGAGGCGUGGCCUGCCAAGCCGAAGCCGGGCGCCAAGCCUGCAGGCUGCCGCGGCUGCAGGCGUGCACCUCGAGGGCCAGGGAUGGGGCCAGCGGCCCGGCUGGGAAGCGUGUCUACGAACAGCGGCGCCGCAAGCGGCGCGCAGCGAGCCCGGGCAACUGGUUGGCAAAGGGGUGCUGCUCUCCCAAGAGCAGGUCUCGGAGUCUGGACAAUGCCUCCGUUGCCCGCAGCCGAAGGCGACGUACCGCCAGCAGAGGUCCUCCAGUUCGCAGUUGACACGGCACCCAGCAGGCUGCCGAUGCGAUGAGGCCUUGAAAGAUAGGUGUUGGCCGUUAGCUUUCCGUUGCUGCCAUGCCUGGGACCUGGACUGUCGUCGUGCAAUUGGAAAACAG